CGCUGAGAACAGUCUCAGUGCCGUUUCAAUGUUGCUGUGAACAUGAGAUCGAUUUCUUCGUUUGAUACUCGAGUCCUACCUUUGCGACAAUAGAUUCAACACCUAUCCCCGAAUACACACCCCCCUCAAACCAAAAUGACAGACUCCAACUCCCCUCCCCCUCACGACAAGAACUCGAAACCAAACACCAAUGGCGAAUACACCAAAAAAUCCGACCUCCCCGACGGCAACUACGACAUCUUCGUCAUCCCCCAACACUCCGCCGGUUCCGGAUUCUUAUAUCUCCCGUCUCUACAAUGUCAACGGAAUAGUUUCCUAGCCGGGUCUGCGAGUACACUCCUGUUCAUGUUUCUGUGGUCGAAUAUUGCGCCGGUUGUGAGGGGGUGGUAUGUUCUUACGGUUACGGGUGGUGGGAUUGGGAGUUUGGGGAGUGCGAUUGGGAUUUUGAUAGGGAUGGUUGUGGUUGGUGUGAUAGGAUGGGUUGCUGGGUCAUUACAGGCGGGUGGUACGGGUACGUGGCGGGAGAGGUGGGGAAGGGGGAAGUCUGGUGGAAAUGGGUCGGGUGAGUCUGGGGAUGGAGACGGUACCAAGGAUCAAUCCACGGAAGGUGAAAGCGAUUCCAGGGGUCCGGAGUCUGGUGGCCAACGUGGGGACGAGAAACACCAACAGCAGAGUGACGGCGGAAACUCCGGUAAAGGCUCAAACAAGGGUAAACAACACGGUGCUGAUGAUGCAAACUCCCGAUCGACCCCAAACGACAAUGACGAAGGAUCGAAAUAUGCCGAAUGGGAAAGGGCACGCGACGAGGAACGAGAAAAACGCAGAGAGAAGCAGCGACGUGAGGAGGAAAAGCGCCAACACGAGGAAGAACAGCGUCGCGAGCAGCUAAAGCGCGAGGAGCAACGCAAAGAAGAGCUCCGGCGUGAGAAGGAGAAAAAGGAACAGGAGAAACGUCGCCGCGACGAACAAAGUCGGCGUGAGGAAGAGGAGCGACGUCGUCGUGAUGAGCAGAACCAGCGUGAAAAAGAGAAAAAGGGACAGGAGCAACGUCGUCGUGACGAGCAGAACCGGAAGGAAGAAGCUCGUGAAGAGGCAAGUCGCAGAGAAAAACUCCGCCAGAAUCAAGAAGAGGCUCGCCGUCGAGAGGAGAAGCAGCAGAAGGAACAGGAGCAGCGUCGUCGUGAGGAAGAGAAGCGGAAGGAGGAGGCUCGGCAGGAGUCAAGACGGAGGGAAGAGCUUCAUAAGCGCGAGAAAGAGUCUCGCCGUCGCGAGGAAGAAGAGCGUAAAGAGAAGCUUCGACGUGAAGAGGAACAGAAAGAAAGUCAGCGUCUUCGUGAGGAAAAAAAGCAAAAGGAAGAGAAGCAGAAAGAAGAGAUCCGCCAGCGUGAAGAAGAGAAACGCAAGGAAGAGAUUCGUCGUCGCCAGGAAGAAUGGCGCAAAGAAGCACUCCGGCGCAAAGAGGAGAGACAGAAGGAGGAAGCACGUCGCAAGGAGGAAAAACAACAAGAAGAGCUCCAACGUGAGGAGGAAAGAAGACAAGAAGAACUCCGCCGCGAAGAAGAAAGGAAAAAAGAGGAGGUCCGGCUUGAGGCGGAACGGCGCAGAGAGGAGAUCCGGCGGAAUAUGGAAGAAUAUAAACGACAGAAAGAGGAAGCGGCGCGCGAGAAGCAGAGGCAACAAGAGCAUGAGGCCAAGGAGAAAGAGCUCAGAGAACGAAAAGAACAGUUCGAGAAGGAAAUGGCCGCAGCUCGGAAGGCCGCUGCUAAGGAGUCACGAGAGCGUGCUGAGCGAGAAGCUGCCGAAGCUCGCGCCAAAGCUGAAAGAGAGGCAGCUGAAGCUCGAGCCCGCUCUGAACGUGAAUCUGCAGAGGCAAAGGCCAAAGUAGAGAAAGAAGCUGCUGAAGCACGAGAACGAGAAGAGAAAGCUGCUGCCGCUGCCAAAGCCAAGGCCGAAAAGGAGGCUGCUGAAAAGGAGGCCGCUGCAAGAGCAGCAGCGAAGAAAGAAGCUGAUGCCAAAUUCGCAGCUCUCAAGGAAGCGGCCGCCAAAAAGUACGCAGAAAAGAAGGCCAAAGACGCUGCAGAGAAGAAAGCCAAAGAAGAGGCUGCAGCAAGGGAGACCACGGCUAAGGAAGCUGCAGCUAAGGAAGAAGCAGCCAAAAAAGAGGCAGCGUCCAAAGCCAGUCCUUCGUCUUCCUGCUCGGCACCACCGGAACCUCCUCCCCACCGCACCCCAUUACCAAAGAAGCCGGGCGAAGAAGAUAAUCCAUACGAACGAGCCCGGCGACCUUAUCAAGGGGGCGCUGCUGGAUCCACUGCUUCUGAAUCCUCCUAUACUCCGUCGCACUCAACGGCCCGGACCUCUCCUCCGCCGUCGAACCGAGGCGGUUACUCCCGUGGUGGCUACUCUACGAAAGACCCAGACAAGAUUGUCAUCUCUGGGGUGUUCGCUUUUAACAACAACUUUGUCGACAUUCCAGUGGCACAGCUAGUCUCCGGCCAAGGAAUGGUGUCAGAUGGCCUGGUUCUUAAGAUCACCACAGAAGGACUGUUCAUCGACGACGACAUCCGAGGCGUGCCUCAACGAGAAUGGGAUGCCAAAGCAUGGACCAUGAAGUCCGUCGAAGUAUGGUGUUCUCAAUACGCGGCAUCUCCUCAAGCCCGCCAGAACCCUACGAAAUCAUCAAACCCCUUCCGCACUGGGUCUACCUUGCCUCCCACGCCCGAAGAGUCGGAUGCGUAUCUUAUGGAUAUGUUACGGGUGUGCAAGAAUACCUGCCGUAUUGGCACCCGCAGUGGUAACGACGAUGAUACUCUGAACUUCGCGAAGCGCGGUCACCACAUGCUCCGGGCAAGUUUCCGCGAGCAAGAUGGCAAGAACUACGUCUUUGUUCUUGACGAAAGUGAAGGGUGGAAGGUUGCUAUUGGUCUGCAGCGUCUUAGACGGGGAACGCAGAUCAGGUCGUUGGGUGUACUCAAUAUGACUGUUACUGAUUGUCAGUCGGUCAUGGAGAACUUGGGAUAUGCCUGAGUUGGACUACGUUGAGAUGCUUUCUGCUUUUUGUUUGAUAUUAUCCCUAUUUCAAUCUGUCUAUGUUCCAAUUAUUUAUGCCGUUUUAUGCCUGUUUCUUUACUUCAGCACAUUCGUUUCCGAUACCAGAGAUUCCCCCUGAUGUUGAUAUGAUUAUUUAUUCGGAUAUGGCUCACACCAAUGAAUCCCACAAUUAUUAUCUUACACUCUCUACUGUACAUAAUUAUACUCAUUCAUAAUUUACUACACCAC